ACGUAACGUUGUCGUCUGACGUCAGCGUUCCCCUGGCAUGGCUUCCUGUGUGUGCUGUCUGGCUCCUCUCUGAAACAUGGAGGAUUGUUUAACGUUGCUUUCUUUAACACACAGAUUCACUAACUUCACUCACUUCGGUGUGCGGGGCGACGCAGGGCGGACACCCGGGCACAGAGUGGACAAGGAGGGGACAGCCGUGCUGUCAGGGCGCUCAUCAUGCUGCUGUCCCAGCUGCCAGAGGACAUUCUCUAUCACAUCCUGUCUUAUUUGGACUACAAGUCUCUCGGUCGCCUCUCUCAAGUCUGUCAAAGUAUUUACCACUUCGUGAACCGGGACGCCGUGUGGAGGAAGAUUGCUAAAGAGUUUCUGAAUACUGGAAUUACUCUGAAUGGGACAGACAAAUACAGUCACAUCCCACUGAAAGAGAGAGUGAAGAUAGCUCAAAACUGGUACGAUGGGGUCUGCAGAAGGGCUGUUCCUCUAAAGUGGAAAACAAAACUGUUGCCAUGGUUGCAGCUGGAUGGAAACGUCCUGUUUCUGUCUCAGGCUUCUGAUAUUGGAGCAUACCAUUUGUCCCAAGACUCUGGGAGGGUCCAGCGUAAGCCAUUUGAAAUCUACUCAGGCCACAAGGGUGAUGUCUGUCACUUUGCACUGACGGAUUCUCACCUGAUCAGUGGUGGAAGUGAUGGCAAGAUCCUGGUCCACAGCAGGAAGACUGACAUGUUGAUGGAGUUAUCAGGUCAUAACCAGGAAGUCAACUGCCUGGACUCUAAAGACGGGCUCAUCAUCAGUGGAUCCAAAGACCAAACAGCCCGGAUUUGGACUUUGACCUCCACUUGCCCCAGAGACACAAUUACCAUGUAUGACAGAGUCUGGUCUGUUGCUAUUAGUCCCACACUAAGCACCUUUGGAACAGGCACUGCAUGCUGUGAGAACUUCUCCCCUCUUCGUAUCUGGGAUGUUGAACGAUCAGAGUGUGUGUGCAGUCUGGGCUCACAGUUUCGUCGUGGGGCUGGUGUGUUGGACAUGGUGUUUGAGUCUCCGUUCCAGCUCUUAACCUGCGGCUAUGAUACCUACAUUCGAUUGUGGGACCUUCGACUCAGCCCACGGAAGUGUGUGAUGGAGUGGGAGGAGCCUCAUGACAGCGCUCUGUACUGCAUCCAGACAGACGGAAAUCACAUGAUAGCCAGCGGUUCUUCACACUAUGGUGUUGUACGGCUCUGGGACAAGCGGCAGGCUGAAUGCCUGCAGUUCUUCCAGCUGACUUCAGACUCGGUGAGCAGCCCAGUGUACUGCCUGAGAUUCAGCAGCUCUCACCUGUACGCAGCCCUGGCCACCACCCUGCACUCACUGGACUUCAGCAAGAACCCCAUCUACAUCAGAUGAUACACACACACACAAUGUUCAUAUCUAUCAGUUCAAUAAAGCUGUCUAUUUUCACAAUAAAUGUUUUCAUAUUUUUAAAGAAA